CAGGCUCCUCCCAGCCCAGCAUCUGUGGUCACUAUAUGGCCAAUGCACUGCGCAUUUCCAAUACUCUGCAGCAGCUGCUGCCCAAACACAGAGAGGCCAGCAGCUCACUAGGCUCUUGCCUGCUGUCUGACCAAGACAGUUAGACCCUAAGCUGAUAUGAUUUUCUUCAUUUCAGUUUUGGGAGGUGAUAAGUGAUGAGCAUGGCAUCGACCCCACCGGCAGUUACCAUGGAGACAGUGACUUGCAGCUGGAGAGAAUCAAUGUGUACUACAAUGAAGCUGCUGGCAACAAGUAUGUACCUCGGGCCAUCCUGGUGGACCUGGAGCCAGGCACCAUGGACUCAGUGAGGUCGGGACCAUUCGGCCAGAUCUUCAGGCCAGACAACUUUGUGUUCGGCCAGAGUGGUGCAGGAAAUAACUGGGCAAAAGGCCACUACACAGAAGGUGCUGAGCUGGUGGACUCCGUCCUGGACGUGGUGAGGAAGGAGUCUGAAAGCUGUGACUGUCUCCAGGGCUUCCAGCUGACCCACUCACUGGGGGGAGGCACUGGCUCAGGCAUGGGGACCCUGCUCAUCAGCAAGAUCAGAGAGGAAUACCCAGACCGCAUCAUGAACACCUUCAGUGUCAUGCCCUCGCCCAAGGUCUCUGACACAGUGGUGGAGCCCUAUAAUGCCACCCUCUCCGUGCACCAGCUGGUGGAGAACACAGAUGAAACCUAUUCCAUCGACAACGAGGCCCUGUAUGACAUCUGCUUCCGCACCCUGAAGCUGACCACGCCCACCUAUGGGGAUCUCAACCACCUGGUGUCAGCCACCAUGAGUGGGGUGACCACCUGCCUGCGCUUCCCAGGCCAGCUGAACGCAGACCUGCGCAAGCUGGCUGUGAACAUGGUGCCCUUCCCACGCCUGCACUUCUUCAUGCCAGGCUUCGCACCUCUGACCAGCAGGGGCAGCCAGCAGUACCGAGCCCUGACGGUGCCCGAGCUCACCCAGCAGAUGUUCGACUCCAAGAACAUGAUGGCCGCCUGCGACCCCCGCCAUGGCCGCUACCUGACCGUGGCUGCCAUCUUCCGGGGCCGCAUGUCCAUGAAGGAAGUGGAUGAGCAGAUGCUCAACGUGCAGAACAAGAACAGCAGCUACUUCGUGGAGUGGAUCCCCAACAACGUGAAGACGGCCGUGUGUGACAUUCCUCCUCGAGGCCUCAAGAUGUCAGCCACCUUCAUUGGCAACAGCACUGCCAUCCAGGAGCUGUUCAAGCGCAUCUCGGAGCAGUUCACUGCCAUGUUCCGGCGCAAGGCUUUCCUGCACUGGUACACGGGAGAGGGCAUGGACGAGAUGGAGUUCACCGAGGCGGAGAGCAACAUGAAUGAUCUGGUGUCUGAGUACCAGCAGUACCAGGAUGCCACGGCUGAUGAGCAGGGCGAGUUUGAGGAGGAGGAGGGCGAGGAUGAGGCUUAAGAACUUCUUAGAUAACAUCCAUUGUGCACCCUUAGUGAACUUCUGUUGUUCUCCAGCAUGGUCUUUCUAUUUGUAAAUUAUGGUGCUCAGUUUGCCUCUGUCAGAAAUUCACUGUUGAUGUCAUAGUUUGAACCUCCUUUCAAGAUUACAGUAUUGUCUAAGAAAUCUAUACUAAUAAAAACGCAUGUGUAUAAAA